UCAAUCUUUCUUUCUGUUGCCCAAAGGGGGGAUUUCAAAAUUGUAAAUUUGAGAGAGAGAGAAUGGGGGAGAUGGCUGGUGCUGCAUCUGGGUCAUCUGCCCAUAACUCUGUUUCUUCAUCAUCGUCAUCGUCGUCGUCGUCGUCAUCAUCAUCUUCAUUUGGGUCUUCCUUGUUUAACAAUUAUCCUCUCAUUGCUGCUCUCAUUGCCUUCGCUAUUGCCCAGUCUACCAAGCUCGUAACUUCCUGGUAUAAGGAAAGGAGAUGGGAUCUCAAGCAACUUGUUGGGUCUGGUGGAAUGCCAUCAUCCCAUUCUGCUACUGUUACUGCACUUGCUGUGGCCAUUGGGUUCCAGGAAGGCUUUGGAGGAUCGUUGUUUGCAACUGCAUUAAUCUUAGCAUGUGUUGUGAUGUAUGAUGCAACUGGUGUAAGGCUACAUGCCGGUCGCCAGGCAGAGGUCUUGAAUCAAAUUGUAUACGAGCUUCCUGCUGAGCAUCCUCUGGCAGAAAGCAGACCUCUACGUGAACUACUUGGUCACACUCCUCCUCAGGUUAUUGCUGGUGGUUUGCUUGGGAUUGUGACAGCAAUCGUUGGUCAUAUAAUUACAUUGACAAGCAGUUAUAGUUGAUGCACAAGCAAAUCACAGCUAUCUGCAGCUCAUCAGAUGGCUAUGAAUCUGAUCAUACUAUGGGACAGAAUUACAACUUGCAGACUUUGUGACCAAAAGUGGUUCUUAAAAGCUUGGAAUGAUGAGUUUGUGUUGUUUGUAGCUCAGCUCCUCCUUCCAUUAAAACUCAUAUUAUGUUCAUUCUAAUGGUAAAUGGUAACAUUGUUAGAUAUGUAAUUUGAUUGGUUGCAGAACUUGCAGUAUAUAAUGUAAUGUCACAUUACAUAUGCUAAAGUUUGAACAGUA